CAAGAUGGGCUCAGAACACCAAUCCCAUUUUUAUAAAAUCACCAACCUGUCAAAUUCUAAAACACCGGGCCACCAUGAGUACCUCGGAGUUCAAGGGUUUCACAGAAGAACAAGAAGCUCUUGUUGUGAAGUCAUGGAGUGCAAUGAAGAAGAAUGCUUCAGAAUUGGGUCUUAAAUUCUUCUUGAAGAUAUUUGAAAUUGCUCCAUCAGCACAGAAAUUGUUCCCGUUCUUGAGAGACUCAAGCGUUCCUGUCGAGCAGAAUCCAAAACUCAAGCCCCAUGCCAUGUCUGUCUUUAUCAUGACUUGUGAAUCAGCUGUGCAGCUAAGGAAAGCUGGGAAAGUAACAGUAAGAGAGUCCAGCUUGAAAAAAUUAGGAGCUGUCCACUUCAAAAAUGGUGUAGUUGAUGAACAUUAUGAGGUAACAAAGUUUGCCUUAUUGGAGACAAUUAAGGAAGCUGUACCUGAAAUGUGGUCACCAGAUAUGAAGAAAGCAUGGGGAGAAGCUUAUGAUCAGCUAGUUGCUGCUAUCAAGACAGAAAUGAAGCCCUCUUCCUAGGUUUCUUCAAUGAAUUAAACUUUGCAAAAUUAAGCAUUUGUGCUAUGCUAAUCUUUGUUUACUAAUCCGGGUGUCUGGGAAUGUUUUCUCAUCAUGUAUUUACUAGAUUUUUGCCCGUCCUUGGCAGCGGGUAUGUUUGAAUAAAACUUAUCAUAUUUUCAUAA